AGUGAUUUCUUAUGAUGCAGGGUGGCAACAUUGACAAAAAGUCGAUGGUAUUGAAUCCACAGUGGAUUAAAGAUGAUUUAAAACACAGUUUUCUCCACGUCUCAAUAACAAUAAUGCUACACUUAAUGUAAUAUCCUCACAGCCUUUUGGAAGAGGAUGGUGAUCGAUCCGCUGCAACCUGUGCGCAUACAGCAGGGGAUGGAGAUGGAGCUGAUAUCCACAUCGAAGGCAGGCGGUGUUUUUUUUUUUUUUUUUUUUUUUGGCUCCUACAGUGACGUUUUUUAUUUAAGGCAGGUCUUUGGUCAAACCUAACCAAUGAUACAAGUCGGUUCUAUUCUGCUGGGAAACCGAUCGCAAUGAACGGGGGUGUCGGAGGAGCAGCUCUGCACGGCGAAGGAGCAACAACCAGCACAGCGAGACGCGGUGAUCAAGGGGAUGCGGCAUCGGUACUCGGGAGCUGUCCAUCAGCACCAAAACACCACCAACAACACCGACGACGACGACAAGCAGCAGCAAGCGACCAAAGACCCGAUCGCUCCUGUUUUCAGCCUGCCGCCCCCGCCCUCUUCUUCUCACCACCGAGACCGCACCGCUCACCGUCAGAGCCUCCAGGAGCUGCCGUGUCUGAGCCAGCCCUCUCGGAGACCUGUGCACAGCGGAGACCCUCUACCUCUGACCACCGCCACCGCCCAGCAGCAGCGACCUUCACCCGGCAGCAGCCACACCGUGCAGCCGGCGGCGGUGCACCUGCAGCAGGAUCCCUGGGCCCCGGCUGGUUCUCAGCAGCAGCAGGAGAAGAAGAAGCAUCACCAGCCUGUUUUUCCAAGCUGCCACUGCAGUUUUUCCGAGCAGGAGACGACGAGCCUAUCUCAAAACCAUCACCACCACCAACAUCCCUCCUCCUCCUCCUCCCCAUCCCCACCUUUUCCUCCGCCUAUACCACCUCCACCACCACCACCACCACCGACGUCGUCCUCCUCCUCUCUGCUGCUGUUUCCCCGGGAAUCUAAACGAAGGAGUGCCAAUAAUAAUUACCACCAACAGGCGAGCAUCGUGGAACGCUGCAGGGGAGGAGGAGGAGCAGGAGGGCAAAGAGGAGACCACAGGCAGCAGCUGUUGCAGCAGCAGCAGCAACAGCAGCAACAGCAGCAGCAGCAACACAGUCAUUUAAGACUCCAACAACAGAGGGACGACCCCUCCCCUGAAGGAACCCGUGCAAACUUGCAGCAGAAAGGGCGCUCUUUAAAUGUAUGUGAGUCAACCGAGGCUAACAGGAGAGCGUUUGAGUCUCAUCAGACUCAGCAGGACCUGCAGCAGCAGCAGCAGCAACAGAUCCCACAAUUACGAGCGCAGCAACAGCUACUGGUGGGGAGCAGCUUGCCUAUCAACUACUACUGCGCCAGCGGCUCAGGAGGAGAGCUAUGUAGGACUCACCAGGCUCCACUGCUGCAGCAACAGCAGCAAGAGCAGCAGCAGCAGUUGCAGCAGUUGCAGCAGCAGCAGCAGCAGCAGCAAGGCGCACUGGGGCUCUGUCCCCAGCGUCCGCAGCACUGUGAACAAGAAGAGCGCAAUAAGUCUGGGAGGAUCACCACCGACCAGGCGCACAGCCGCGACUCCCGCGUCACUCCUCCGGUAACACAACAGGCGUACGCUGGGAACUCACAGUCUGCGGCUGGAAGCAGCAACAGCAACAGCAGCAGCAAAGACAGCCCCAACUACGGCUCCAGCUAUCACCUGUGGCCAGAGAGCCCGCAUAAAGGAGAGGAGAGGAUCCGCAUCGACCUCCAUAAGGCCAAUACCGAGCAGAAGAAGCUGAGCCAUGCUGGAUCCAAGCCCUCCCUCUCCGAGAGCAGCGGCCGACUCCCUCAGAUAGCCAUGAACACCUGCAAGUACAAUGGCGGAGUGGUGAGACCACUAGUGGGCAGCCUGGCGUCCUCGUCGCGCCGCAACCUUGCGGAGCUCGACUCGGAGACGCAGCCCUUGCAAACACUGCACAGCUCUGGCCUGGAGGUGGUGGUGUCCAAGGGCAAUGGCGGCGAAGACGCCAGUAAGGCGUCCAACGAGAGCUUGGUCAGGGAGGGCAGCACGCGCGGCGCAUGCAGGGCGACGCAGAAGAAGAACAGGGACAUUGGCUACAGGCUCGGCCACCGGAGGGCGCUGUUCGAGAAGCGGAAGCGGCUCAGCGACUACGCACUCAUCUUUGGGAUGUUUGGGAUUGUUGUCAUGGUGACGGAGACGGAACUGUCAUGGGGGGUUUACACUAAGGAAUCUUCAUACUCAUUUGCACUGAAAUGCCUUAUCAGCCUUUCCACUGUUAUAUUGCUUGGUCUUAUAAUAAUGUACCAUGCCCGGGAAAUCCAGCUGUUUAUGGUCGACAAUGGUGCGGACGAUUGGAGGAUAGCCAUGACGUAUGAGCGGAUCUUCUUCAUCGUGCUGGAGUUGCUGGUGUGUGCCAUCCAUCCCAUCCCGGGCCAGUACGUCUUCACCUGGACGGCGCGGCUGGCCUUCACCUACACGCCGUCGGUGGCCGACGCCGACGUGGACAUCAUCCUCUCCAUCCCCAUGUUCCUGAGACUCUACCUGAUAGGCAGGGUCAUGCUGCUCCACAGCAAGCUGUUCACGGACGCUUCGUCUCGCAGCAUCGGCGCCCUCAACAAGAUCAACUUCAACACACGCUUUGUCAUGAAGACCCUCAUGACCAUCUGUCCGGGAACUGUUCUGCUGGUGUUCAGUAUAUCCUCCUGGAUCAUUGCUGCAUGGACUGUGCGCGUCUGUGAGAGGGAUACCAUGUAUCAUGACAAACAGGAAGUGACCAGUAACUUCCUGGGAGCCAUGUGGCUCAUCUCGAUUACCUUCCUCUCCAUUGGCUACGGGGACAUGGUACCGCACACGUACUGUGGGAAAGGCGUGUGUCUGCUUACAGGGAUUAUGGGAGCUGGUUGCACUGCACUGGUGGUUGCAGUGGUAGCCAGGAAGCUGGAGCUGACCAAGGCUGAGAAACAUGUCCACAACUUCAUGAUGGACACACAACUCUGCAAACGAGUAAAGAACACAGCUGCCAAUGUACUCAGGGAAACAUGGCUCAUCUACAAACACACUAAGUUGGUCAAGAAGAUCGAUCACGCCAAGGUGCGGAAACACCAGCGCAAGUUUCUCCAAGCCAUUCACCAAGCUCAGAAACUGCGCAGUGUGAAGAUGGAGCAGAGGAAACUCAAUGAUCAGGCCAACACCUUGGUGGACCUGGCGAAGACCCAGAAUGUGAUGUAUGACCUGGUGUCAGAGCUGCAGGAGCGCAGUGAGGAGCUGGACAAGCGCAUCGGCACAUUGGAGGACAAGCUGGACUCGGUGACGGGCAGCCUGCAGGCGCUGCCCUGCCUCAUCUCCCAAGCCAUAACCCAGCAGCAGCAGGAGUUCCUGGACGGCUUUGUUCACCGCUUUCGGCCCGCCUCACUAGCCUCUGAACGCUCCGAACGCUCCGAGCGAUCCUGGACUUCCACCGCCCGUAGGCGGCGCUCCCCCUCCACAGCACCACACACCUCCUCUGAUAGCGGAUAACCUUGACAAACCCCUCUGCAAUCACCUUCGAGCCCCCUCUUUCCCAAAACCAACUCGUCACCUCACUCUGUCCUAUCCAAAGCCGUCCCCCGUAACCGCUGGCGAGUCCAUGUCUGGACUAAUAAUGAACCCAUAUCUUGACCCCCGACCUGAUCCUUGCCCUUAUUCCCUCACUCCCACCCAACAUCAAAUCCAAAAACCAAUUCCUCUGUGACUGAGCCUCUCAGCACAGGACUGGAUCAGAGCUACUCCAAAAGAACAAAGAAAAGCAAACAAAGACUUAAAACCAAGAAAAAACACAAAUGCAUCCAAAAAAAGAAAAAGAGAAAAAAAAAAGUUAAAAAUGACUGAAAAACCGAGAUAAAGUAGAGAUAUGGUUUAUGUUUUAGCCAUUGUAUGGCUGUUCAAGUUAGCUUUUUUGUAAAAGCCCUUGUAUAGUUAAAAAAUGACUGAGUUCAGGGUCGCUGGGGUGAGAGCUGGCUAUCACACCGGAGAGUCCUUAACCACGAGGGGGGAAGUUGGUCUGUGGAGCCGAGGGCUUCGGCUCACCUGCUGGCCCUCUGAGGCCAUGGAGGACAUCCGUCCACCCAUCCGUCCGUCUAUCCGUUUGUCCGGCGAGGAGAGCGAGACAAACCAUUGGAUUUCCCUUUCAAAAGACUAGUGUCAUAGAUUCUUUCCCAUAGGUUAGGGUGAAAGCUUUAGACGAGGCUACGAAAGCGCUGACGUCAAGUCAGCGUUUGAAAAUGCACUUAAGGGGGAGGGGAAACUGUCACACAGAAGAAGAGCAAAGGGGAUGCAUACGGCAUUACUACUGGGUAGGAAAAAUGUACACAGUUGCCAACUUCAAGGUUUCAGCUUCCUUGUUCUUACCAAGGGAAAAUGAGAGCGACUAUCUUUUUUAGUUACAUAUUGACAUGUGAUUUUUCAGUGCCUGAAUGUAUAAAUAGUAGAGGGUUAUUUAAUUACUAAUUUCAGAGCUUUUUUACGAUGUUAACAGUCUGAAUACAGCAUUGCAUUCCUUUUUCAGAUACAUUCCUCUCCAAAAAUUUAAAGAAAUGUCUUAAUGUAAUGCAUAACAUUGCCUCCAUUACACAGCAACUCUAAAUGUUUUGAAAAAUCUUAUUUUUUUUCUAUUUCUACUAACACCGUGAGAAAUGAAAAAGUUCAGAGAGAAAGCGAAAGUGAGACAGACUGAGAGUAUUUGCGAGUGUGUUUGUCAGAGAACGAGUUCACUUUUAGCUCAAUGCUGCACACUCAUACACACAACAAUGAAAUAUGUAGUAGUCUACCUUCCUCACCACCACUAAUUAGAGCUUCCUGUGGUCUUCAGAUAGUGGCAAGGCUUGAGGUCUGCUGGUACUGUACAUACGGCCACACAGGCACACGUCACUGGUCGAGCCGAGAAGCCAACUCUGCCCCGUUGCAUGGUAGUGGAAACGGAACACGAUCUUCCUCGGAUGGCUUGAUCAUUUUACAUGAUUUUGAUUUUAUUAUGUUUAAUUUUGUUUGGUUGUUGCCUUUCUUUCUUUUGGUAAUUUUUACAACACCUUUUUUUACUAUAGGAUACCUAGGGGUUUUUAGAGUUGCAGAAGUUGAUGUUCCCUGUUUAAAAUAUGAGAUGAAGACAAAUACAAAAGAAUCCUGAAAGGAUACAAAUAAAAGUGCUGAAGAAACUUUGAUGAAUGAGUCCCUCUGCAAAUUUAAAAGAAUAGUUUUGGAAAAUACAAUUAUUCAUUUUCUAGCCGAGCGUUAGAUAAGAGGAUUGAUACCACUCUCGUGUCUGUAUGAUAUGCUAGCAUCCGGUUACCUUAGCUUAACGUCAAGACUGGAAACAUGGGGUUAGCCUGGCUCUGUCUAAAGUGAACACAUUAUAUCUUGUUUGUUUAAUCCAUAGACUGUUUAUAAAGAUGGACGACAUGACAGCUCCCCAAAAGUGAAGCCAAAACAUCUCGAUUGCCCCCUGGUGGCUGGCUGCAGUAUAGGUCAUAAAUCCUGCCCCCUCCAAACUAAAAAGUCAAAGUACACUUAAAAAAUGUUUCUCCCAAAGAUGCCAUUUUAGGUAGUUCUUAUCAAGCUGAUAUAUGUUUGGUUUUAAUUAGUUAUUUGAUGCCAUAAAAAGAUGGUCACACGUCAUGAUUGACAGCUGCGAUUGACUGCUCUGCUCUGAGCGAAGUGGUCGCACAGCCAGAGGCUCGAGAAUUGUACUAGUGGGAGAUAUAACUUUAACUUUCCUUAACCGUCACGAGUCUGCGUAAUAUAACAUGUGUCUUUCUAGCCAAACAGAACUGAAAAGUAAAAUAGUGCAGUCACUUCCUGGAGUCUCCGCUGGUUGCCUGACAACCUCUUAUUGACAACACAACUCCAGGAAAUAGGCCGCCCAUAAAACCAUAACUUGUUGUUUAUACACUUGGGUUUUUGUUUGGAUUAAACAAACUUAAUUAGUGAGCUUUGGCGCUCGUAAGUGUAUUUUAUUACCUUUGUCCAGAGCUAGCUGUUUUCAUACUUUUUGCUGUCUUAUGCUAAGCUAAGCUAAGCGGCUGCUGGCAGUAGCUUCACAUUUACAGAGAGUGGUCUCAAUCUUCUCAUCGAACUCUGAGCAGGAAAGUGAAUAAGCGUAUUUCCCAAAAAGUCAAACUAUUCCUUUAACAUUACAGUAUCAGGCCUCUGUUUUGUCUUUCUGAAAGACAUUGAAACACGUUGACAGAGUAGACAUUAGGACAUUUUAAAUCUCAAAGGCAUGGUGUAUGAUGCAUCCUAGAGUUGUGAUGACUGAGAUAUUUAGGAUCUUUAAAGUUAUUUUUUUUUCUCCAAAGUACAUAUAAAAGGCAGAUCAGGAAGUCAGCGGGUUAGCGGGCUAGCAUGCUGUCCUAAAGUAGUUUGAAUGGUAGAUAAUCCGAGUCCCAAAAGGAUGUUAGUGAUAAAAAAAGAAUCAUCUUUAUGGCCCCUUUAGCCAUCAGACAAAUAUGAUCAUUAUUAUUUUGCUGGAUUUUAAUUAUUUCCAAGCUGCUUUGGGUUGAGUCGUGGCAAAGUCUAAACCCUGUGAGACGGUUAGUCCACUCUCCCACAGGCUCUGGACUGGCCAGAGAGCACUUCAUUUAAGAACACAUUCAGUUUGCUACGAGUGGAACUUAAUCAAGCAUGAAUAUUAGCGUUUUCCUUUCAACUUGAGUUGAUGAAGCAUGACUCUUUACUGCCCCCACCUUUAGCCACUUCUCGUACAGUGCUACACUCAAACCCUCCCAGUAUGGAGGGAUCUAUCAUGCCAUUACAGUCUCCGUUUCAAUCAGCGUCAUCCAACGAGUCAGGACAGCUAAUGGAAGACUAUCUGCUUGAUUGCGGCCUUACCUGCCUUUUUCGUAUCUAGGGUUUCCACCUCUUCAUUACACCGCAGGUUUUUAGCCUCGCGUUUGUCAUCUGUCAUCAUUAAGAGCAUCAGUCCCCACGCACACAAAGAGGCUUCCCAAACGGCCCGCAGCGAAGACCUUUGAGUGGUUUGAAUGAAAAAAACAGAAAGGAAGAAGCAAGGGAACCCCCAGGUCAUGUUGCCAUGUUGCACUCAGUGUGUAAUAUUCAGUUACACCAGGAAGGAUCGCAGAUGCUGAAGUGUCUUCCCUAGAGAGAUGUGACGGUACUGGUGUUAAGGAGUUCAUCCUUCAUCAGGCACCGGGAAAAGAGGGCGAGACUAGAAAGAUGAGUGCAAUAGCUCAUUUACUGACGUUCAUUUUAGCCCGGGGGUUUGUGAACAGCAAGAGUGGGUGUCCUGUAAAUAUGACCUCAUUGUAGAUGUCGCCAAGUAAACGGGACAAAUGGUGAACUGCAGGGUAAAGGUGGCUGGGUGCAAUAGGCACUAGAAAAACAUAUAGAAAGGAUAAGAAGGUUUUGAAAUAUCAAAUUAAAAAUUCUAUUAAUUUCACACUUUCUUUUUUUAUUUCUGCUGGUGGAGGUAUAAUAUGUUGGGGUUUUUUACCCUGUUGUAAAGGUUUGUUUUCUCCUGUCACCAACAAAGUCCUGCCAAAACACCAUUCCAAUAUUUAAUAGUGACCCAAUUUUGUCCACCAGAAAAAAAUUGCACAGUAUUUUGUAGUGAAGUGAGGGACAUUCAUGAUGUUAUUCUGAUGACGGUAGAUGAGUCCAAGUGAUAAACGCAUCCCAGAGUCUUUUUAUUAUCCUGAAAAGUAGGCUUUCCUCAUAGAGCAGGAAUCUGAACACACUUCUACUGAUCAAUAACAGAGUGAAAAAAACCCAAAAAGUGACGAAAUGUAACCCAAUCAUUGUUCUGUGUACACUGCCACAUGAUGCAUAAUGUACGUAGUAGCACUGGAAUAAAUCAACUUUUAAUGGAUGGCAAAAUGGGUUUAACAUGUUCUCUGUAUGCUGUUCGCUGUUCCUUCAUUUUGCAGGUGAACUUUUGUCCUAGCAAGGAGAGACACCAAGGUCAAAUCAUUAAAGACUAUCUUCAGCUAUGA